AUGGCGAGUAUCCUAGCUGCUAUGACAAGGUUCGCCAACUUGACUAAACCCAUGCGUUACAUGGUGACUGGUCUCGUUGUCUGUGCUAGUGAUACUGGCCACCUGACUAGCAGACGCAUGUGGCCGAGAUCAGCUUACAGCUGCGAUCGUGAUGGAUGGCAUCGGAAAGUAUUCCCGACAAUUGCAACGUGGAAAGGUUUAGGAAGGUAUAACAAAGAGCAUCCGGGUCUUUUGAUUAUGGCCGCCUUACAGGUGCGCAAGCAGAUUCACUUUUUGUGCGACCGCAAGGUAUGGCUGUUACAUACGGCACAAGGGCUGACCUUCGGAUGUAGCACGGACAAAGGUCAAGUGGUGUUUGAGGCAGUGUCCCCAAAGACCUGCGCCGUGGCUGUCCGCACUCACUCGCCUACCACACCAUUACCUUCAUUUACCGGCGUAAAAGCCUUCAGUAAGCAGGCGAUUCUCACGCGGUUCAUCAGCUCCACAGCUGGGCUCUCUUAUCUUGCUAUGGAAAACCUCAAGUUAGGUCUUACAGGCGUGGAGGCGGCGCUGGAGCGCUGGACGGAAGGGCGGGAGAAGUGGCAGGUCGUGGCGGGCUCGGCGACGCUCACGCUGGCGGCGAUGGCGCUCGGGAAUCUCUACGCCAACCGAGCCGACGUGAAGGACGACCUUCAGGCCUGGGUCUUCCGAGUCCUUCGCUCCGUCCCCGCCAUCAAGAGCUACAUUCAGAAGCAGUUGGAUCAGUCCCGCAAAGAGAUACAGAAGGGGAUCUUCGAGGACGCAGGAGCUUCCGUCGCCGCCCUCCCGCCCCUCAAGGAGCUGCCUAAAGACGGGUGGUCGGAGGAGCGGGUCCUCGACGUCGCCGCCAACACGCUGGGGAAAGGCAACUAUGCCUGGCAGGACGGCAAGAUCUCCGGCGGCGCCUUCUCAGGAGGCAACGAGGACCUCUCCGACGUCCUCCUGAAGGUGUACGGCAUGACGGCGCUGACGAACCCUCUCCACGCAGACAUGUUCCCGGGAGUGAGGAAAAUGGAGGCGGAAAUUGUGAGAAUGACCCUCUCCAUCUUCCACGGAGACGACGAAGCGUGCGGAUGCAUGACCUCCGGGGGGUCAGAGAGCCUCCUGAUGGCGAUGAAGGCGAUGCGCGACUGGGGGAGGGAGGUCAAGGGCGUGAAGCGAGCCGAGGUCGUCAUGGCUGUCACAGGUCACUCGGGCUUCGACAAGGCCGCCUCUCUGCUCGGCGUGAAGAUCAGGAAGGUACCUGUCGAUCCCGUUUCCUUCAAGGCGGACGUGAAUGCCAUGAGGAGAGCUAUCAACAGGAACACAGUCAUGCUCGUGGCGUCCGCGCCCGAGUUCCCUCACGGCAUCAUCGACGACGUGGAGGCCAUCGGCGCCCUCGGCCUCGCCCGCGGCGUCCCCGUCCACGUCGACUGCUGCAUGGGAGGCUUCCUCAUGCCCUUCAUGGACGCCGCCGGCUUCCCUCUGCCGCCCUUCGACUUCCGCGUCCCCGGGGUGGUCAGCAUCUCGGCCGACACGCAUAAGCCUGCCGCCCAGUGCAGGGCGUCGCGUCCGAGAGCUGGGCCACGGGUGAUAACAGGAGGUGCAGCCAGUCAAGCAAGCAUGGCACCGCCAAUACCAAAUCCCGCAAGGGUACCCAACUUACGCUCCAAUCAUGGGGUACCAAGUGUAAUACAAGAUCGCAUGAAUUACAUAUUUAUCCUACAUAGAUUAGCAGAUUAA